GGAAGUCUCUCUAGCCACGCUGCGUCGCUAUGGUAGAGGGGGCGGGGCCAGGGGAAAGAUGGCGGCGUCCGCGGCUGCUGCUGCGCCGCAGGCUUCGGGGGGUCCUCGGCCCCCAGUGUGUUUGUUGGUGUUGGGAAUGGCGGGAUCUGGGAAAACCACUUUUGUACAGAGGCUCACGGGACACCUGCAUUGCCAAGGCUCUCCACCUUAUGUGAUCAACCUGGACCCGGCUGUGCAUGAAGUUCCCUUUCCUGCCAAUAUUGAUAUUCGUGACACUGUGAAGUAUAAAGAAGUCAUGAAACAAUAUGGACUUGGGCCCAAUGGUGGCAUCGUGACCUCACUCAAUCUCUUUGCUACCAGAUUUGAUCAGGUGAUGAAAUUUAUUGAGAAGGCCCAGAACAUGUAUAAAUAUGUCUUGAUUGACACACCUGGACAGAUUGAAGUCUUCACGUGGUCAGCCUCUGGGACAAUCAUCACCGAGGCCCUGGCAUCUUCGUUUCCAACGGUUGUUAUUUAUGUGAUGGACACGUCGAGAAGUUCCAACCCAGUGACCUUCAUGUCCAAUAUGCUCUAUGCCUGCAGCAUCUUGUACAAAACCAAGCUGCCUUUCAUUGUGGUCAUGAAUAAAACCGACAUCAUUGAUCACAGCUUUGCAGUGGAAUGGAUGCAAGAUUUCGAGGCUUUCCAAGAUGCUUUGAAUCAAGAGACCACAUACGUCAGUAACCUGACUCGUUCAAUGAGCCUGGUGUUGGAUGAGUUUUACAGCUCACUAAGGGUGGUGGGCGUGUCUGCUGUUGCGGGUACAGGCUUGGACGAAUUCUUCGUGCAAGUCACCAGUGCUGCAGAAGAAUAUGAAAGGGAGUAUCGUCCUGAAUAUGAACGUCUGAAGAAAUCACUGGCCAGUGCACAGAGCCAGCAGCAGAAAGAACAACUGGAACGCCUUCGGAAAGACAUGGGCUCUGUAACCUUGGACUCAGGAACUGCCACAGAUAGAUUAUCUCCUGUGCGGGACCCUUCUGACUUGAUCCUGACUCGGGGAACCUUGGAUGCAGAGGAUGAGGAAGCAGACAGUGACACUGAUGACAUUGACCACAGAGUUACAGAGGAAAGCCACGAAGAGCCAGCUUUCCAGAAUUUUAUGCAAGAAUCAAUGGCACAGUACUGGAAGAGAAACAACAAAUAGUUUCUAGAAGUCCCAAAGUUUGGAACUCUGUGAAGAAGCUGUCCUUACUUGAUUGGGGCUUACUAUAAAGGAUGAUUGUGUUCAGAAUAGCAGCCUCUCUUACUAGGGAAAUCUGGCUCAGAUGAAGCGAGGGAUAAAAGACGUUUGGACCUGGCACGUACAUGCCGAUUCCCCUUGGCCUUUCCCUGGGACUUUGGCAAGGAAGGAUAUUCUACCUGUUCCUGGAUGCUGAUGUUCCUUCAGGUGUACAACUUCAAGCUUUAUGAUUUGAACUCACGUACUUUUGCUGCUCACAGAUGGAAUAGAAAGAACUUAUUCUCUUCAGAUCUCUAUUAUUAGGCUGGAUCUAUAGCCUCUACUUUCGUAGCACCUUGCCCUUGACCUACAAGUUCCUCUCCUUUUAUAAGAGCAGAGAGGGGAGACAUGAGCUUGUCCAGAGUGGCACUGGAGUCUCCUUGGAAAUCAGUCAAUGUUGGUAUGAAAUGUGCCUCACACUGGGUAGCUCAUUGCAAGACACCACGUUUGUUGAAGAAAGUAGGCAAAACAAUGAAUAAGAAUUUUGUUUUCGAUGGUGACUUGGAUGAAGAGUUUUUAAUUUUAACUUUGUUGUAAGCCUGCCUAUCAUAAUCUCAAAUAAGAAAAUUAUAUAAUGGUAAAUAGAUUCACUUCUUUUCAAGAGAGGUUUAAAACUACACGUCCAAACAUGUCUUGGUAAGGUGAUGUUUGUUUCCCCUGUACACAUACCUAGUAACCAGGUAUAGAGCGAGGCUGUUGGUGUUGUAACUUGAACUUAAUGCAAAGUAUCCUUGGUGAUGUCCUCCAAGGCCAUGGAUUUGGGUCAGGUGUACAUUCCAUAUAUAACCAUCAUGGUAAGGGUGUACCUACCCCCAAAUUCUUCAGUUAUCUUAAAAUGUAGCACAUUCCUCUUAGGGAACCUUUUCCCUGCCUAAUCUGUACUCAGUUCAGUGGUUCUGAACGUGUGUCUCUGGACCCGAAGCAUAAGCAUUACCUGGGAAAUUGUUAGAAGUGGGACGCUGAAGACCUGACUCAGAAACUCGGAUCUGUUUGCAUCAGUUCUAAUACCAACAGCCUGUGACAGUUCCAGGCCAGAUGAAUCUCAGGUGUCAAACUUCACAUGACCUGCGUUGUCAGAGACCCCUAACCUGGGCCAUCUGGUGCCUAUUUUCCUAAAUUGGAGAUUUAAAAUAUUCUAAAAAAUAAAUAAAAGUACUUUAUUUUACCAUGAAGUAUGGAUUUCAAUAUU